UUGUCGGCAUGCCAAGCCGACAUUUUGGCAUGCGCUCAGCCAAGCUCUUAGGAAGCUCCAUAUGGGACUCGGAACCAAUUGUUCCUAUCAUAACAGACCCCAGCAUUGUUGGAUGCGACAUCGCGUGGUGUCAAGCCUGUAAUGUCGCUCAUAACGUGCAAGCCAUCGGGCUUUUCAUCAUAUUCUUAUUUUAUUCAUUGCAUCCUUCCGAUGUGCAAUGGUCAACACUUUCUCCAUCGUGCUGUUUACCAAUUUCCCGAGAUGAAUUGGAGAUAUAUUUUGUUCAUUGCUAAGCACAAACCUUCCUAAUGUCUUCCCAUGACUUUGCGAACAUCGAAUCGUAAUAGAUCACACUGCAGAU